AUGCCUGGUGUAAUCACUCGUAAGACGCGGACUCCGCGCAGUGUGCUGGCUUCGUCCGGCGCACUUACCAAAACUGUCACGGGUAGCUUCACCAAGCCCUCGAAGGCGCAAAGUCUUGGGAAGGAGAAGCUGGCCGUCGAACCUUUUGCUACGAUCAGCACCAACAUUGAGAUCGUCCUCCCAACCAGGAAGAGGAAGGUCCAAGUCGAAGACGAGAGCAUCAAGGCUACGCCCAAGAAGCUGCGCCAUCGCGAGCCCGAAGCCCGCGCCGUCGCGCCUGCAACGCCCGACUCGAGGAAGAAGAAGAGCGUCCGGUUCCAGGAAGAACAGACCCCCAGCAGAGCCAGCCGGGCACUCCCGCCCGCACCACCAGUAACCCCUUCCUCCUCUGGCCGCAAGCGCGCGUUCGACGCGGAUGAGACCAGCCAGACCGAAGAGCUCCUCGGGCGCCUCAACAUCCAAUCCACUCCCGUCAAGCGGAGCAAGACCACCGUCCACCUGCGCGCACCUCCCAACGAGUUCGAUCUGCCCGGUGAGCUCCUCGACUUGCUCGACCUGCACGCGGCGUUCCUCAAGACCCUCAGCACCCAGCCCGAUACCACCUCGCCCAUCGACCUGAACGACCUCUACUCAGAUAUCACGCGCUCCUGGGGCAAGCGCCAUGUGUCGCUCAUCGAUAUCCAGCGGUGCGUCGGUGUGCUCGCCUGGACACCCAACAACUCCCAUGGCGGCAAGAAGAACAAGAAGGCGGCGAUGCCUACGGCGGUGACGGUGCCCUACUUCCUGUCAGACUAUGGCCGCGACAAAUUUUGCAUCGAGUUCUACCCUUCGUCAUCCGGCGUCGGCCGUCAGCCUCUGCACGACCUGAGCAUUAAGAUGCACUUCGAGGCCAACCUGCGUGCGCUCUGGCUCGCCCGGCACAACAACGCGCCCGAGACCGUGUUCAUCAACACACUCCCCAAGGCCUCACUCAAGCCAUGCGCGGCCCUGUCCGCAGCUGCCCUGGCGCCCAAAGCGACCACCCAAACCAGCAUCCUCGCCACCUUCAAGCAGAGCGUCGCCGACAAGCGCCAGCAGGACCGUGAAGCCAAGGAGGCUGCCGUUCAACAGAAACAGGCGCUGGUCUCUCCCGUCACGGGCACCAAGCUCUCCCUCCUCGACCGCAUCCGCCUCAAGGAAUCUCUUGCUUCGUCCUCCUCUUCCCAAGGCCCUACCCCAGCUGAAAUCCAACGCCGCUCUGCCCUGCAUCGCGCGUCUGACGUCGCGGCUGUUGUUGCCAUGCUGUGCAAGGCUACUGUCGGCCCCGGUGGUGCUUUGCCCGGUCGUCGUGUUCCCUUUGCUGUAACGGCGCUGGUGAACCGACUGCGCGACUCGAUGCGCACGCCGAUUGCCACGGAGGAUGGCGUGGCCUGUAUCAGGCUGCUGGCAACUGAGAUUGCCCCGGAGUGGCUCAAGAUCGCGAAGGUCGGCGGACGGGAGAAUGUGGUGUGCUUGAUGGGGAUGGAGUUGACGAAGGCGGAGGUAGAGAGGAGAGUGGCGGGCCUGUUGGCCUAG